GAAUCCCGUACAGUUUGCAUUGCUGAAGCACUGCGACCAGCCUUGCCCAGUCAGCAGGGACACCAGAAAAACAGAACAUAUUGCCACUUUUGCCAUCACUCAAGAAAAUCUACUGAGACAAAUGAACACAAGAGGGAGGCAGUAGGUUUUGGUCCUACACACCAACACCCACGGAUUGACCUACUACCUGCUGAUUGGUUAGCUCAUGCCACG